CUGAGGCGGUGGUGACCCCGCUUAAAGCAGGCAGGAAAGGGGGAGGACGGCCCCGCGGCCUCUCUCGCAUGGCCGCCGGCCCCAAAGGCGGGCUGUGGAGCUGCCCCAUGGGGGUCAGUUACCUUUCUGUAUAUCACCCCUGAGGUUGUCAUGAGUGACUCGCCCCUGCUGUUUAUGGCUGGAGCAAACACUGUGGAAGAGCAGAGGGCUCGCUGGGAGAGGAAGCGCAGCCGGACAGCCAAGGAGCUGCUGGAAACUGAACACAGAUACCUUGAACAGCUGGAUUUGGUGGUCACAUUUUUUGUGACGAUUUUAAAGGCCAAAGGGACACUGAAACCUGCUGUGUUGGAAACCAUAUUUGGACCCCUGGAAUCCAUAUGUUCGGCCAGCCAUGUUCUGGCACUUCAUCUGGAGAGAGGGAAUCUGGGACCAGGACUGGAAAAUUUCUGUCAGAAUCUGGAACUUUAUGGACACUACAUUGAGAAUUUGGAGCAGGCAAAUAAAACUUUGAAGGAGCAAUUGAGGAAAAAUAAGUCAUUCCGACGGUUUAAGAAACUCCAAGAAGCUCGACCUCAGUUUCAAGGGAGGAGGUUGGAGGAUCUGCUUCCCUUGCCCAUGCAGAGGCUGCACCAGUACAAGCACUUCCUCAGAGACUUGCUGGAGAACACCAACCCAGACAUCCCUGAGUACCAGAAACUUGCAAAGGCCUUGAAAUCUGUUUCGGAGGUAUCUCAGUGGGUACAAGACAUCAUUCAUAAGAGAGAGAACUCAUUGCAGCUACUUCGCGUUCAGAAACUGCUGAAAGGACAGAAGAUACAGAUUUUGACUCCAGGGCGCUGGUAUGUCCGGGAAGGCUGGCUUUUGGUGGUGCCCUCGAAGGGAGAAGAACUGAAGCGCAGGAUGUUCUUCCUCUUUUCUGAUAUCUUCAUUUCAACAAAACCCUGUCACCCACUGCACCCACUGAAUUCAAACAAACUGGCAUGCCAGGCUGUCUACCCGCUUCACCAGUGUGUGGUGGAUAAGGUGUUUGGCCACACACAGAGCCAGGGAGGGCUCCUCAGUCUUUCCUUUCCACACAAGACACUGUUGUUGAUGUCCAGUGACCAACAAGACAUUAAUGACUGGUAUCAGAGUCUUGCAGCUGCAGUCAGACAGCUGAAAGCCUGACCCAUUCGAGUAGCAGACUGGCAGGACAGUCACCUCUCUUUGUAGAAACCUACACAAUCUUAGCAAAUGUUCAAGGACAUAUACUAAGAGAAUGCAUUUAUAGGGACUACCACUGUGCUUGUGAGACUGAAUGAAUGCUUUGUCAGCUGUCCUAAUCUUAACACAGAUACUGCAAAAAAGAGGUAUGCACACUGAGGAUUUGUAUAUAAAAAAAUCUAUGUCAUGACUUUUCCCCAACUUAGCUUACAAGCUUCUAGCUUUUCUAUGCUUUUUUUUUCCCCCCACCCCUCUUACAUUACUAAUUUAAGGACAAGUGUGAGAAAGUCUGACUUGCUUUCCCUCAUUAAAUGUUUUUAUCCGUGUUUCUAAAUCAGUGUUGUCACAUUUGUCUACAUAUAUUUCUACCUGCUCUUGCUACUGGGUCCUUUGACCAAAAGGGAUGUUCUGGAAAAUGGUAACUUAUUGGGCUCCACACUGUAUUUUCAGCUAGUACUAGAGGGCCACAGCCAUCUUCCUCCCUUGACAUAUUUUCAUCAUUCACACCCUUGAGUUUUCUACCAAAACUCUUUCACAGUUAUUGUCUCUCCUCCUCUAAGAAAGGAGGCAGAUAAAGGGAAGAUCAUUCAGUGGUUAAAAUCCUACCUCUCAGAUUCUCAUCAGUCCCACAGAAAAGUUAAUCUGCUGAACUAUCUGAAAUAAACUGGUAGAUAACAUACAUGUAGGUUAAUCAAACAGCAUUCACACUUCUAAUCUGAAUUCUGAGAAAUUAUGCAGAUGAAACAGCACUUGCCUUUGUCCUCCCUGGGAUGCAGUAGCCUUGAAAUGCUAAAAUGAAAAGCUCAAGCAGCACCUCUGCUUCUGAAGCAUGCAGAAAAUCUGCAGGAGGCUACAGUCAGUACUCUGGGUCUUCAAUAGCUGGUAAUGUGCUAGGUAGGAUUCAGCUUACGAGGCUGAAAAACCAAUUUAAGGUAGAAAUAUAUGUAAGGUAUUCUUGAGUAUUUUGUUAAAGCCUCAAUACAGAACUGCGGUUGGUGUUGUGACCGAUCGUGUUUAACAUUGUGGUCUACAACAUGGACAGUGGGAUUAAUGCAUCCUCAGCUAGUUUGCUGAUGACACCAAGCUGUGUGGUGCAGUUGACAUGCUGGAGGGAAUGGAUGCCACCCAGAGGGAUCCUGACAGGCUGG